AUGUCCACUUCAGCAUCGUGGCCAUCAAGUCGUGGUUCUUCCAUCACAGUCGCCGCUCGGCGUCCUCAAUCGAGAAGCCAAAGAUCCUGCGCCUUAAUCGCAGCCCUGAAGAAGCCAUUCCAGGAUCACGAUGACGAUGACUACAACUUCGCAAGCGGCCGAAGGCGCGGAUUCAAAUCGAGAAAUUACGAAGCUGGCUACUGA